AUGGAACCGGUCCAGCGACCCAGAGGCCUAGGCUUUUGUACAACUUUGUCUUUUCGAAAGCUUUUAUUAGCUGUCAUGUUUAUUGACGCCAAGUGUCAAUUCCUGGCCAUCUGGUGGCCUCUGAAAUGCCAAAUCACCAAACGCCGAGCCAGGAUGAUGAUCGUCUUCAUCUGGAUUCUAGCAAUCCUCAUCACAGCCCCGUGGGUCAUCUUCUUCGACCUGGUGGUAGUGUUUGACGACAACCCACACGUCCGUCUCUGUCUAGAUGUAUGGCCUAACCCCAUCAGCGAAGUCCUCUAUUUUGUGAUCGGAAAUCUCAUAUUCUGUUAUAUUUUGCCGAUGGUUCUUAUAACCAUGUGCUAUAUAUUAAUUUGGAUAAAAGUUUGGAGACGUUCCAUCCCUACCGACACUCAAGAUGCUCAAAUGGAACGCAUGCAACAGAAGUCAAAGGUCAAAGUUGUUAAAAUGCUAGUCGCUGUUGUCAUACUUUUCGUAUUAUCCUGGUUUCCUCUGUACCUAAUUUUUGCGAGGAUUAAGUUAGGUGGACCCGUACAAAAAUGGGAAGAAGAAAUGUUUCCCGUUGUGACUCCUCUGGCUCAAUGGCUGGGAGCGUCGAAUUCAUGCAUAAAUCCGAUCCUAUAUGCAUUUUUCAACAAAAAAUACAGGAAGGGUUUCGUCGCCAUCAUAAAGAGUAGGAAAUGCUGCGGUCGUCUGCGUUACUACGAAACGAUCGCUUUACAAUCAUCAAGUACAUCGACGAGGAAGUCCUGGCAUUACAAUAACAAUCACGCCUCCAUGACGCGUAGGUCGCCACCGGUUGAUAAAAACGCAGUAUCUUUUAUCUUCAACCACACUGGAGUCUAA